CUCGAAACCACCGGAAGUUUACGCUCUGACGUCCAAAGCAGCGGAAACAGGUAUGAGGCAUAGAAACUGCCAGAACAGCUAGAGAUACAGAUUUAAACAUGACAUUUCACAGCUUUACAUAAAGACCGUAGCUGUCAAACUGUUCGUCGAGUAUCAGAGGGCGAACAUAACGACUGUCAGAUGAGUUUAUUAUGAGUUUAUGUGUCGUGUUUUUAAUCCGGGUAAUCAUUACGUAGCUAUAACAGAUUAGCUCUCGUGCUAAUGUUGUGAAAUAUUAAUCUGUACGAAUUAUAACCAUUUAAUAGUUUAUACGGCGGUAUGGGGUUAAACCUAACUCAUUAAAACGAUAUAUUGUCCUUUAGUCUUGCAUGUAGACAGAAAGAACACGUAGACUUACAGUAACUGUGACUUUAUUUAUAUGAACACCGAUCAUCUCUUUAGACUGCCAGAAACCUGUUCAUGUCCUUCAAUCUUAUUCCUGACGCUUAUUUAUAGUCAGAAGGAGCUUAAAAUCGAUUGUGAAAGACUCGUUGUUAUCUGUAAAAGGAAAGCUGCUUUCAUUUGGACUCACAUCUUGAGAGACUGUUAUAUUUGAAGCAGAAAGGAACAGGCUUGGUUGAGAAGAACCCAUCAGCAUCUGGCAGUGGAAAUCUUCUUUCAUUUGGAUUCAUAAGCCUAUCCGAGUUGAGAAGCUGCGAGGAUGCCUCUGCUGUUUUUGGAGCGGUUCCCCUGGCCCAGUUUACAGACAUACACAGUCCUGAGCGCAGUUCUGCUCGCCGGGACCAUCUUAAGUGCCUACAACACAGUGAGAGACUCAGAGUUCACAUCUGCACUGACUGAAGACGCUCACAGCGGGGCGGAGGAGGAGGUCAAGCUGGAGACCUAUGGCAAUGUGACCACCAAUGUGCUGCUGCAUCUCAUCACAGACAGCCUGUUUGUCUGGGUCAUGGUGAACACAGCAUGCUGCAUCCUCAUGUUAAUAGCUAAAGUGAUCCAGUGCAUUGUGUUCGGACCGCUGAGAGUCAGUGAGAAACAGCAUCUGAAAGACAAGUUCUGGAAUUUCGUCUUCUACAAGUUCAUCUUCAUCUUUGGUGUGCUGAAUGUGCAGCGGGUGGAUGAGGUGGUGCUGUGGUGUCUGUGGUUCUCCAUGCUCAUCUUCCUCCAUCUGAUGGUGCAGCUCUGCAAAGACCGCUUUGAAUAUCUGUCUUUUUCCCCCACUACACCGAUGGGCAGUCAUGUGCGUGUGCUGGCUCUGCUGGUGUCUGUUCUGACGUGCUGUGGUGGUUUAGCCGUGCUCUGCGGUCUGGUCGGACAUUUUCAUGGCAUGCACACUGUCGCUUUCAUGACAGCAGAGUGUUUGCUGGUGACAGUGCGCACAGGACAUGUCAUCAUACGGUACUCCAUCCACCUGUGGGACCUGAACCAUGAAGGCACCUGGGAGAACAAGAGCUCACACAUUUACUACACUGACUUCAUCAUGGAGUUGGCCAUCCUCUGCCUAGACCUGAUGCAUCACAUCCACAUGUUGCUCUUCGGGAACAUCUGGCUGUCCAUGGCCAGUCUGGUGAUCUUCAUGCAACUGCGCUAUCUCUUCCACGAGGUACAGAGGAGAAUUCGCCGUCAUAAAAACUACUUGCGUGUUAUUGACAAUAUGGAGUCCAGGUUUGCUGUGGCGACGCCUGAUGAACUGAUGGCCAAUAAUGAUGACUGUGCCAUCUGCUGGGAUUCAAUGACUACAGCACGCAAGCUGCCCUGUGGACACCUUUUCCAUAAUUCCUGUCUGCGCUCAUGGCUGGAGCAGGACACAUCCUGUCCCACAUGCCGCAUGUCUCUGAACAUCAAUGAAGGCGGAAGAGAGAGAGAGGAGGGACAGAGAGAGCCACUGGAUGAUAAUUUGGCCGCAGGGACAGGAGCAGAGGCCCGACCACACCUCAACCAACACAACCACUUCUUCCACUUUGAUGGGUCCCGGAUUGCCAGUUGGUUGCCCAGUUUCUCAGUGGAGGUCAUGCACACCACCAACAUCCUGGCCAUCGCCCAGGCCAACAACUCACAGCUCAACACCAUGGCCCAUCAGAUCCAGGAGAUGUUUCCUCAGGUUCCUUAUCAUCUGGUCCUGCAGGAUCUGCAGCUAACACGCUCUGUGGAGGUCACCACUGAUAACAUCCUCGAGGGCAGGAUACAGGUGCCUUUCCCUGCACAGGCUGUGGAGCGCACACCCAUACAGGUGAACUCUGUUAUUGAAGAUGCUGCAGGUACCAGUAGCAGUUCAGAGGUCGCAGCCCCUGAGGCAGAAGACUUUGAGGUGAGGGGCAGCCGCUUUUCCAAGUCUGCAGAUGAGAGACAGAGGAUGCUAAUGCAGCGGAAGGAGGAGCUGAUGCAAAGAGCUCGCAGACGUUUUCUGAACAAUAAACCUGAAGAUGGAGAUGUUUCCUCUUUUACUGCCGCUGAAAAUGACGACACUUUGGCCUAUGUGGAGUACGAAGAUUUUGAUUCAGUGACCCUGCGGCGCAGGAGGCUAGCGGCCGCAGCCGAGAGACGUAUGCAGAGGCAGCCAGACCCGCCUCUGUGAGAUGGCUCCACCCAUGUGCAUGUAUCGACACUGCCCACCUCUAAUCCCGCCCAUGGCUAAAUAGUUUAAGAGGGAUGAGUCUUUUCUUUUUCCAUUGUAGAACCGAGCAAAAAUGCAUGAUGUGCCUGUGAUACAGCCAUGCCGAUCAGAAAAAGUCUAAAGCCGCUGUAUCAUACAAUUUUGGUCUGAACAACGCACAUUUGCGCAAUACACUUGCACCAAUCGUAAUAAUGUAUUUUCCAUCAAAUUAAUAUUUGGCAUUGUUGCCACAGCAGUGAAAGAAGUUUCAAAUAAAAGGAACGUGUCUUUUAUUUGCAGGUCUGCUGCACACAAAAUCAUUUGAAAAAAGUUUGUAUUUAAGGAAAUAAGAGCAUGGUUUGGACAGAUUGCCUUGAGUUUGAAUUUCGUUUUAAUUUUUCCAAUGUUCUUGAAAUUUUCAAAUUUCUUGAAUGCGUUUUGUUUGAAUGUUAGGCUAGAUUUUAGAGAAAAAAAUUUAAACUUUUUAACAAAAAUAUAUUGUUUAUUGCUAACUCGACUCAGAUAAGCCUAGAGCUUAUGCAGUGAAGAAUGCGCUAGAGUUGAUCUGUUUGUGAAUUUUAUUGAGUUUCUUCACUGGCCAGUUUUUGCGGCCGGCGAGUGUUUGAGUGUUUUGAGCUAUCUAGUGUGCUCAUUAUACCAUCAUGGCUUUUAUUGAGUCUCUGAAAACAGUUAAACAGGAAAGUGGUGUACAUCCUGGUGUGUCUGUUUGAAGUUGGCGUUGACUCACUAGUCAGUGAUUUAUAUAAUUUGGAUAAUUUGCAUUGUUGUGACAAAUCUCUCUGUUUAUAUGUGCAUCGUACAAACUGUUCAUUUUAGUCACAUGAUCUUGUUUCUCUUGCCGUAGUGUUGUUGCUCAAACACUGCCAUGGUUUAUAUUUGGAGUAUCUUCAGUUCAGGUCAACUGUCAUCUUAUUGUGUUGCUCUCCUUUUCUUUUUUUCUUUUUUUCUUUUUUUUUUUUUUUUUGGAGCAACAGUUAAAGACUCUGGGCCUCAUUCUUGAAACUCAGUAAAUUAUUUUUCUUAAAAACAUUAUGUAAAUUACUUUUUUUACAAAAGAUUUGCACAGAAAUUCAUUCUGGUUGUGUUUCAUGAAAAGGACUAAUGUGGGGUGGGUUGGGGUGGGGGGGUCAAGGCAUACAUAAUAAUGGUCGUUAGGUCAGUUUUGUAGCUUUUGGUUUUAAAGGAAUAUUCUGGGUUUAAUACAAGUUAAGCUCAAUCAACAGCAUUUGUGGCACAAUGUUGAUUGCAACUAUAAUUAAUUUCGACUCGUCCCUUAUUUUUAAAAAAAAGCAAAAAUCGAGGUUACAGUGAGCACUUACAAUGGAAGGGAAUGGGGUCAAUCCGUAAACAUUAAAAUACUCACUGUUUCAAAAGUAUUGCUACAAGAUGUAAACAAUAUGCAUGAUAACGAUUUUAUUGUAAUAAAAACACUUACUUUUUCUGUGGAAAGUUUAUCCAAUUUUACAACAUCUUUACAGCUCAAUAAUGCAUGAAUAAUGCAAAUAAUUUUUUUUUUUUUUACAACUUCCAUUGUAAGUGUCUCACUGUAACCUCGAUUUUUGCUUUUUUUUUUUUUUUAAUGAAAGAGAAGGCCGACUCGAAAUAAUUUUUUGUAGUUGUCAACAUUAUGCCACAAAUGCUGUCGACUGAGCUUAAAUUGUAUUGAACCCAGAAUAUUCUGUUAAAGAUAUUUACGUUUCAAUGUACUAAUUGGCUGAAAGAACUAAUGUCUAUAAAUGCUCAGUUUUUACCGGCUUUUGACAUUCAUAAUACAUUUUCACAAAUGACAUUCAGCAACAGGAUAAUUAAUAUGGGCGCAGAAAAGUAAUUCACAAAUUUGCAUGUUGAGUUUGUGAAUGAGCUUUCAUGUAAUCACACGUGACAUUUUUAUUUUGCAUUUUCCUUCUGUUAGAUCAACCAACUACAACCCAAUCACUGAUCAUUUAUUAUUUAAUUGAGCACAUAUUGGCUGUGGUGUCUCUGAUGUUUUACACUGUGAAUCUGCUGUAUCAAAUGUUUUAAGGGUCGUAUGGACAUUUUGGUCUUUCUCUGUGCAAGAAAUCACUGUUUAUGAUGUCCAUAACCCAUUUCCUAAACAGUUAUUCCCAAAGAUUGCCUCCUUUUGUUGAGUUUCGUUACUGAAAGUGGACAUUGUAAAACAAAGUGCUAUCUCUUUGACCACAGGUCAACGUGGAACAUGUUUGUUUUGGUUGCACAGACGCACCUUUCAACAGUAAUUCUUUAUGUAUUAAUGAAAUAUCUACUGGUCUGAUUACGAUAAUAAUACAGUUGAUGUUCAUGCACCUGAGUGAAGUAUAGGAGUGCUUUUUGUACACAAUUUAUUAAUUUGUGCCUCAGAACAGUGGAUCAAUACUAGUUUGAUUUGUGUAAAUAAUUUUAUAAUAAAGAUUGUAUAAUACAUGUGAAUUGAUCCUGUACAAAAUAAAUGUCACAGCUGCUUUAGAAGCUUUUAAUCACA